AUGAAGCUUGAGCCAGGAACUGUUGAGGCACUGUACAACAGUCAAAUAAACAAUCCACUGUACCAGAAUCCUGUGCUUCAGAUAACAUCGUUGGGUAAACUAUCAGUUGUAAUUGGAGACAAGCAAAGAUACCGUGUCAAUGUAUCUGAUGGAGUGGGAUACAUGAAAGGCAUUUUUUCAAGCGAGCUUACACACUAUUUUGAGCAGGGAUUGAUCAACAAGCUGAGUCUGAUAAAAACGGGCAAGUUUAGCGUGAGGUCUAAGGAUGGAAACGUGUACAUAUACAUCCAGGAAAUUCUUGAGUAUGAGGAUUGUAAUGUAGAGAUAGGAAAGCCAGUCAACAUAAGCACAGGGAAUGCCUCUUUCAGCGAUAACCAGGCAAGCCCAGGCCCAGGAGUUCACAAGAACGGAUUACCUGUAACGCAGUAUUGCAAAGAAGAGAUAGACUAUGAUGCUGAAAAGAAGAGAACAAAGACAGAGAGUAUUGAUGAUGGAUUUACAGCAAUUAACAUGCUGAAUCCGUUUCACAACAAAUGGAUUAUCAAGGGACGAGUGAUGGCGAAGAGUGACAUAAGGAGAUUCACGAAUCAGAAAGGAGAAGGAAAGCUGUUCAACUUUGAAGUAUCAGACGGAACGGCACAAGUGAAAGUAACGUGUUUUUCAGAUACUGUGGAUGUUUUCUAUCCAAUCGUUGAGAUAGGAAAAGUAUACUGUAUUGAGAAAGGAACAAUUAAAAUGGCAAACAAGCAAUACACUACGAAUCCAUUUGAUUACGAGAUUGUUCUUGACAAGAACUCUGAGGUCAGGCAUGCAGCUGACGAUGGAUCGCCAAGAUAUUUCUUCAAUUUUGUUAAGAUUUCAGAAUUGACUCCGGAGAUGUCUUACUGUGAUGUGAUUGGCGUUGUGAAGGAUGUAUAUCCAUCGUCUACUGUAGUAGUCAAGAGUACACAGAAUGAGCUUCUUAAAAGAGAUGCGGUUGUCGUUGAUGAGAGUGGAAGUGUGAGACUGACGCUGUGGGGAGCCAAAGCAGAACUUGAUAUUGAGAGCGGGAUGGUACUUGCAAUGAAGUCUGUGAAGAUUAGUGACUUCAGUGGGGUUUCAGUGUCUACAGCUGGAAAUACUCAGGUAUUAAUUAAUCCGGAUAUUUCUGAAGCGCAUGAACUUGCAGGAUGGUAUCAAACUGUAGGCAAGGAUGUUCAGAUAGUGCUUCCCAAAAGAGAAGAAAAGAAAAAGCUGAUACAGGAAGUGAAGGAUAACGAGCUGCAUUAUUCAAGCAUACAAGGGACUGUAAUGUUUCUGAAGGAAGAUGGAUUGUGGUAUGCAUCAUGUCCUGGCGAAGGAUGCAACAAGAAAGUUGCUAUGGAGGGGAAUGGAUGUUAUAGAUGUGAGAGAUGCAAUAUGGCAUAUGAGGAAUGCAACUAUAGAUACAUGGUUAGCAUGCAUCUUGGAGAUUUUACCGGACAGAUGUGGGUGAAUUUGUUUGAUGAGGUGGCAACAAGCUUAUUUGGAAUAACAGCGAAAGAAAUGAAGACAAUGAGUGAGGACUCACCUGCAGACCUGCAAUCCUUGAUCAAGGGAAUGUACUUCAAGGAAUAUGUUUUUAAGGUCAAGUCAAAGCAGGACAAUUACAAUGAUGAAAUCAGAAUGAGAUACACUGUAUUGAAUGUAAACGAAUUAGAUACAUCAAAGGAAAGCAAAAGGCUUCUUGAUCUAAUUGAAAAGAUUUGA